GAAGAACUAUUGAUAAAUAGUGUACUGUACUCAGUAAUGUGUUGUUGCAGGUGCAAACAGUCAUGGCGGAGCUAGUGUUAGAUUCGAAUAUAAGAUUUUGGGUAUUUCUGCCGAUCGUUGUUAUCACGUUUUUGUUUGGUGUAUUAAGGCACUAUGUUUCUAUUCUUUUGGCGUCUCAAAAGAAACCGGAGCUCCAGCAAGUUCAGGACAGUCAAGUUAUGAUACGAGCACGACUUUUGAGAGAAAACGGAAAAUAUUUGCCGAAACAGUCGUUCCUCAUGCGACGGCACUUUUUCAACAACGAAGAAACUGGUUACUUCAAAACUCAAAAGCGAGCUCCUGUGUCACAAAAUCCGAUGACUGAUCCCAGCAUGAUGACAGACAUGCUUAAGGGCAACAUAACCAAUGUAAUUCCUAUGAUAAUGAUUGGCGGUUGGAUAAAUUUAAUGUUCUCAGGAUUUGUCACUACCAAAGUACCAUUUCCACUGACACUGCGUUUCAAGCCAAUGUUGCAGAGAGGUAUAGAGCUUGUGAGUUUAGACGCAUCAUGGGUUUCAUCAGCUUCGUGGUAUUUUCUAAAUGUUUUUGGACUGCGGAGCAUUUACACUUUAGUACUCGGCGAAAACAACGCAGCCGAUCAAGCACGCCACCUUCAAGAUCAGAUGUCGGGUGCUGCAAUGGCAAUGCCGCCAGAUCCGAAAGGAGCCUUCAAAGCCGAAUGGGAAGCACUGGAAAUUUGUGAACAUCACUGGGCUUUAAGCAACAUAGAGAAUGAUCUUGUAGAGAGUGUUACGUACGGAGAAAGUGAUUCGUGACCUACGCGUUGGCGACAACGGAGGUGCAGAAUAAUGAUGUUAGUUAAAGACAAGUUUUCAUAGCACCGCGGAUGUACAUGAACACUGCAGUAUUUGUUAAUUUUAUUUUCCAAAAAGUUUUAUGAAAAUAUAUCAGUGUGUAGUAAAUUAUUGUUGUUAGUGUUGUACAGACAUUCCUUUGAAAUACACAUUGAUGUUAAUGAAUUUGUAAA